AUCAUGGCGGGGAGGGGCGGUCUGUCAGGUAGGGGCGGGCUCUGAGUUAGCCCCCAGCUUGCUAAGUGUGCAAGAUAUCUUUCUAUAUCAGGGGCAUAUGUGGGCUUUUUGUUUUAAAAUGCACGUUUAUACGGUAUGUAUUGGAAUAGUGUGCCUUGGAAUAAGACCACGGCAAAAUAUUAUUUAAAAAAAACGCAAUGAUAUAUUGAUGAUUUCAUAAGUGAGAGCAAAUUACAACAGCCGGUUUGACGACAUAUAUGUUCCGAGAUGGGUAGCCAAUUGUUGAGGUGAAACACCUCGCGUGUAUUUUGCCUCUCUAAAUUCACACUGUGAUAGGAUAUUAUGUAGUCUUAUAUUUAAACUUCUAACCAAUGCAAUUUCACUGAUUUGGAACCCUCCACACCUACUGAAGUCUUCAUUGGUGUAUGUUCCAUGCGUUCACCUUUGGAGGCUUGCGAUUGGAGUACAUUGUAGUGGGCGUCUCGAAGAGCCAACCACCAAAAUAUCCGGAGUAGCAUACUGCAGCUAACAAGAAGUAAGUUAGCGUUUGAAUGAAAACUCAUGUAGUGGUUUGACUUUUCGCUCUUAAAUAAAUGUACUGUGCACGUUUUACAGGUUAGCUGAAAUUGCUGCGAACUGGAAAACCACUCGUCAAACAACUGUCAAUACUGAGAGGCAUUGCUCCUGAGACAUUUAUCUUGCCACAGUUUUUCAAACUGGAAAAACAUCACAAUUCUUAAUUUAACAUCUUAAAAAUUAAUUCGCCCCAUUCCAUUGCGAGCAUCCACAACAGAGAUGGAUAAAACGCCUUCAGUUGCUGAGAACCAGCACCCUUUUUGGCCUCAAGACCUGUCUAUCCCAAACUAUGUAGCUAAUGACCGCUCCAUGGUGGAAAUUCUCACCUUCCUGUUCUCUGUGUCGGGAAUGCUGUUGGUGGGGACCUGGGCACUGACUGGGCGGGAGGUGGCCGGGGGGAGGCUGACCGCUGCAAGAAGGCUGGUUCUGUGCUGGUUCACGGUGUGCGGGUUCAUCCACGGUGUCAUCGAGGGGUGGUUUUCCCUCUACUACCCCAUAAUCCCAUCUGACCAGAGCUUCCUCUCUCAGCUCUGGAAAGAAUAUUCAAAAGGAGACAGCAGAUAUGUAAUAGCUGACAACUUCACAGUAUGUAUGGAGACAGUGACUGCUAUGCUGUGGGGCCCUCUCAGUGUGUGGACUGUCCUGGCAUUUCUCUACAAUCGGCCCAACCGCUUCGUCCUACAGCUGAUCGUCUCCCUCGGUCAGCUAUAUGGUGCAGUACUGUACUUCUACACUGAACACCGGGAUGGUUAUGCCCACAGUCAGCUGGGACAUCCUUUAUACUUCUGGUUCUACUUUGUGUUCAUGAACACACUGUGGAUUGUCAUCCCCCUGCUCCUGAUCUGGGACUCCUGGUGCCAGCUCUCUGCAGCGCAGUCGGCCUCUGAUGCCGCUGUGGCUGGCGGCAAAACCAAGGAAGAGUAAAAAGGGAAUGUUGAUGGAGGAGAGGUGAGGACAGACAGACUGAGCGAUGGAGCAGGAAGAUGGGGGUGGACGGGGAGGUAAUGGUGUAGGGAGCGUACUGGCAACUGACAUUUUAGAGGAAAAAACAGCAAGAGAUGAACAAAUUUAUUCUGUUUCUCUUAUAAGUUAUUGCCACUGUUAUUUCCAUGUUAAUUAAACAUACACAGAUUUUAUGAAUUUAA